AUGGCGGGGACCGAGCUGCUGGCGGAUGACUCGGAGCCAGCACUGGGUCUCUCUGACUUCUUCCAUCUUGAUGUUGGCGGCUGGGUGUUCUCCAUCCCCACCAUGACACUUGCUCGCUUCCGGGAAUCUGUUCUGUGGCGAGAGGUCUGCUGCUUGACUCCAACUGAUAGUAGAAGGAUUUUUCUGGACCGGGACGGCUUUGUGUUCAGACACGUUCAUCACUUCCUGCUCACAUCGCAGCUCUCAUCAUCGUUUCUGGUCGAUAUAGAUGUUUUGUAUGAACAAACCAAAGCAGUAGGUCUUCAGUCAAUGACGGAGGCCCUAGAAAAGUUAAAAGAUGAGGAACCUCAACAGCGCAUGCAGACAAAACCAGACAUGUCUGUCACUGAGAAAGCAGCCAUUAACUACUGGAAAACUCGUAAAUGUAGCAGCAGACUCUGUGAGCUGCCUCUAAAAAGUUCCCUUUUCCCAGGCAAUCAAGACAAAGCCCCCCUUGGACUCUUACACAAUCCUUUUCUUGACGUCCUGCAAGAUGUUCCUUACUGUUUCCUUCCCAUUGAUAUGCUGGAGAAAUACCCUGGACUGCUCACAGAUGAUAACUUGCUGUGGUUCGCUGAGAAUUUUGCUUUGAUUGAAUGUGGAUGUCAGGAAUUCCGAUUCAUAGGAUAUGUACAUGGUAGUAAUCCAGAUACAGCCCUGUUCUCCAGUACCAGUUCAGCUGGCAGCAAAGGAGAACGUAAAAAAGCAACAAAGCCUUUCUACAUCCUGACACUGGAGUUAUUGGCUAAAUACCCAGACUCUACUCUAGGCCAGCUGAGCAUAGAGAGCAGUGUAGAUGGCAACAAGCUGUAUAUCACCGGCACCGGGACCCUCUUUCUACACGUAAAGAACUGGAUGGGAACAUGCAGACUUCCCUUGACCAGAAGCUUUUUAGAGAUUUAUGCUCUGUGCACGUUUCUGGACAAAGAAGAUGCUGUGUAUCAGUCGAUGAGAGAAGCUGUCAGAUCCUACCUGAAGUCUAGGACCAGGGUGGAUGGGAGAAUACUGUGUGACAGCUGGACAGCUGACGUAAGAGCGUUCCCGAAACAUCAGAUCGUCAGAGUCUAUGUUAGGAGCCACUGGUAUUCUACAUACUUGAAAACACUGCUGAAGUAUCCUGAGCUGCUUGCCAACUCCAGGAAAGCAUGUUGGAUCACUUGCGGCUUCUCCUUGUUAGUGAAUGGCGAUGGAGACAUGUUUAGACACAUCCUGAACUUCCUGAGACUGGGAAGACUCCACCUUCCAUCCGAGUUCAUAGAAUGGGACAUUCUUUGUCAGGAAGUAACAGAGUUUCAAAUCCCAUCCCUUGUGAAAGCUCUAUAUGAGUGCAAGGCUUACAGUUCCAGACAUAUCUGCAGGCAUAUGAACAUUGAUGUGCAGUGA